AUGGACGACCUCAGGCUGCCCACCCCGCCGCCGCUCCUGCUCGCCCCCUCGUCCCCGCUCCCUCCUCGCGGCGCCGCAGGGCCUCGCUUCGCCGCCGUCGAGUUUCCGGGCCCUGUCACCUCGGUCGACCAGGCCCUCACACACCUCGGCGGCCUCGCACGCGUCUCGCGCACCCUCGAGGCCGACCCGGCCGCAGCCGCCCUCAAGCCGCUCCAACUCGACUUCGACCCGGCCAACCGCUGGCUCCACUCGAUCCCGGGCAACGUCGCGACGGGCGCCAACAUCGUCUGCAGGGUCAUCAAGCGCAGGCGCAAGGUGCCCAAGCGCGACGAGCACGGCCAGGUCGUCGACGAGGGCGUCUACUCGAUCCAGCCCGUCGGUCACCUCCAGCACACGGUUCGCUUCAGGGCCAUGGCCGACUUCACGUUCACGCCCGAGCCUACCGCGGGUCCGGACGCGACGAUGGAGCUCGCCGACGCGCUCGCCAGCAUGGACAUCGGCGCCAUCCGCGACUUCAACUUUCCGCCGCCGCAGGAGGAUUUCCCCUCGUCGGCGUUCCUCCCGCCGCCAGCCUUCAGCCGCCAUGCCCUGCCGCAGAUGUUCGACCUCAAGCCCGCCGCCGGCACGGUCGCCCAGCUCCUCGACUCGGGCGCGACUCGCCUCAUCGCCACGACGCGCUACAAGCCGCGCCCGAUCCAGACCAUCCUGUUCGUCGACCCGGCCGUCCCGAAAGGGCCCGACGACAAGCUCGUCAAGGAGCUCGGGAGGAGCGAGCCGCGAGGUGUCGAGCUCAAGUUGCGCGAGCUCCUCGAGAAACGGCCGGUCUGGACUCGUCUCGCGCUCCUCAACCAACUCACACACGAGGAGUCCAAGGUCGUCAAGUCGGACAAGAGCUGCCUGCCGAUGGUCGCCUACACGUUUGGCGACGGGCCCUGGCGCGACCUCCUUGUCCGCUUCGGCUACGACCCUCGCAGGCACCCCGACGCCCGCUUCUACCAGCACAUCAACCUGCGCAACGCCGCCAACGUGCGCACUCGUGCGCAGCCAGGAGCGCGCUCGGCGGCGCAGUCGAACGCGGGCAGCUCUCGGUGGCUCGGCAAGGCGACGGACGACCAGGCUUCCUCGACUAGCCACCUCGCACACAUGUUUGACGGCAUCCACGCCCACUCGAAGAUCGCCAACUUCCAGCUCGUCGACGUGUCGGACCCGCUCCUGUCGUCGCUCAUCCACUCGACCAAGGGCGUCCUCGGCGCGUGUUCGUCCGACCCGAGCGAGGGCUGGUUCGCGCACGACUACCUCGAGCAGAUCCGCCAGAUCCUGCGGCGCAAGUGGCUCGGCGCGCUCGAGGCGACGCCCGUCUCGGACGCCGACUGCGCCGACCUGCUCGCCCUCGUCCUGAGCUCCGAGAGCAGGCUCAACGCCGACGGGCCGGUGCGCAGCGCGCCGGCGAGGGUCGCCGAGGCGGCGAUGCGGGCCAAGGCCGAGGGUCGGCUCACGCGCGCCGAGAGGGCCACGCGCAAAGGGUCGGCGGCGUCGAGGGCCAAGGGCAAGGGCAAAGGGCGGUCGCGCGUCGCGAGCGGCACCGAGUCGGACGCGAGCGAGACGCCGUCGGGCUCGGGCACCGACGCGGGUUCGGGCGUCGACGGCGGCAACGGCGAGGGCGAGGGGCAGGAUGACGAGGCCUCGCGAGCCAUGCGCGACGACCACGAUGACGAUGACGGCGACGAGGCGGUGGGGAGCGGCGCGGCGUCGAGCGGCGCCGAGUCGGGCUCGCAGGCUCGUCGCGGUCGCGGCACGUCCGGGUCGGCGGCGCCGAGCGGGAGCGGCGCGCCGGUCGCCAAGGCGCCGUGGGAGCUGCCGAGGAAGAAGAGGACCAAGGCCAAGGCUGCAGAGAGCGAGGCCGACUUGCUCGCGCGCCUGAGCCAGCAGACAAGGAGGAAGAGCUCGCGCCUCCCGGCGCAGUCGAGUACGCCGGCGCCGACACAGGGCGACCACGCUUGAGAGGGCCGUAGCGUUUGCGCGCACACGCAGCUGCAGUCCAGCAUGCUUUCCAUUCU